UUUCCCACACAUGGCGCGCGUAAACCGUGUGCUCUCGUUGCCUUUCGUUUUGUUUUGUGUCUCAUCUUUCUUGGCAUCCCGAAGUUUCAGCGGCAUUUUUUCCACACAGAAAAGUCAGCACAAGGUGCGGCCAAGUCGGGUUCUGCGAAGAGCAGAGUAUAGCACGGUUGCGGGCCUGGGGCCACAGGACGCCUGGGACGCUUUGUGGUGCAAGAGUUGCUAAAAGAUCCAAAAGUGGAGGUUCUCGCGCUUACGCGAAAUGUGUCCAGAGCUGAGGAAUUUCUUCCGGUGGACGAUCGCAUUACAGUGUUGCCUUGGAAACCUGAAGAUGAGGCUGGAGCGGUGUCAGCGCUUUCAAAGGCAGAUGCUGCCAUUUGGUGCGCCGAGGGUCGGCAAGGGCUUGUGGCUUUGGGCAAAGCCUUCGCAUCUCGUGAAACUCGGCCCAGUGGUUCGCCUCGGGUGGUCAUGUGUUCCUCUGCGGCAGUGACGCGCCCCACAUGGAGUGAAAAACAAAAGUCCCAGUUUUCUGGAGCCGCCGACAUCCCCAUCGUUCGUUUGAACCCAGGUGGUUUGUUGGAUGAGAAACGCGCCACUGAAAAACUGUUGCGGCAGAGUGGUGCCAGCUACACAGUGGCACGGCCUACUGGUCUGAAAGACGACUGGCCAACUGGGCGGCCAUUGCUGUCACAGGGAGAUGUGGCAGUGGGGCGCACUUCGCGGCAGGACUUGGCCAACUUUUUGGUCCGACUUCUCGAUGAACCGAAGGCCACAGGCAAGACCUUUGAGGUCCUCACGGUACCUGGCUACCCCAAACCAUUGGAAUAUGGUGAAGUUUUGGACCGCCUGCGUCCGGAUGCUGUUGGUCCUGUGGCCACUGCAUGGUCCCGGGUCCGGAGUUGGUUCGGGGGUCAGCAGGCUGCCACUUAUGGCGUGUUGCAGCAGCUCUUGCCGGGCGAGGAGCAGAAUUCCGCGGGCUUGGCGAUGGGUCAGACCUAUGAGCAGUAUGAUAAGAAGGAGGAGGGGCGAUUGGGUCCCCGUGGUGCUGAGCGUGUGCCUGAAACUCUUGGCAGCUCUUAGUGUGCUGCCCCAUUGCCAGGGUCAUCCUCGCACUUUUCCCAAUUUUCAAAGAGUGCCCCAACAAACCAGGAUAGGGAUAAUCAAGCAAUACCGGA